CACGAUAUGUCUACGCAAUUACCUACUUUUCACAGACUUCGUAAUGGAUCAAAGACUUUUUGCACCGAAUUUGGAUCACUUUAGUGAGCUCUGUGAGUACAUAUUCUGAUGAAGCAACGCACGUUUACAUAAUUGUUUCCAUAUACAGAACAUUUGCAAAUCUUUGCAUGCGUUUUGACCAGCGACGAUUAGCUUGCAAUCCAUCUUGUGACAUACACAAACACAGUCAUCUUUCUACAUCAGUAUCCCACCGCAGCCUACAAUCCAUGCAGUAGUUGUUGACUGGGAGCUAAAUUUAUUCUUUUCUAAUAUUGUAUUUUUGCAUCAAGAUGAUCUGGGCUUUAGCGUCCAAUUUGGUGCUAUUCGGACUUUCCGUCGUUAAUGCGGCAAAAUAUUCGUCGACAUACGGCGGAGAUGACAGCUAUUCUGGGGGCAGCAGUAGCUACAGCAGUCCAAGUGGUGGUGGAGGUGACUACGGAUAUGCUACCGGGGGCGGCAAUGCUUACACGGGAGUGGCACAAGCACCGUCCAAGUAUCCGCCGGCAAUGACACACGAGCGCAAUCGUCAGCUGACCGGAUACACCCUUCCGCCCUCUGCCAAGCAAUUCCAGCAAAAGUUUGAAGGACUUUUUGAUGAUUUUCCCGGACCAAAAACAAAAGCUAAGGUGUAUUACCCUGGCAGAGGGUAUAUAACUAUGCAAGUACCAGUUCAGCAACCUGAUGCUUAUGGAAAAGGGCAGUCCUAUUCAUCGUCGUCGUACUCGGCGCCUAGUUAUGACGACAACAGCUACUCCAGUGGACCCAGCUAUAAUCCGGCCCCGCCUCCUCCUUCGUAUGGUGGCAGUCGUCCGUCCUAUCCAGCAGGAUCCGCCAACGAAGAUGACGAUUCGCCUUUCGGUUACAUGGUGAAGAAAGGUUACUCGGGGUCAUCGUCUAGCAGCUACUCUCCUUCGCCGCCGGCAUAUCGCCCGCCUUCUCCGUCCGCCUACAAUCCUGGACCCUCUUCCUACCAGCCACCACAGCCCAGCUACGGAGGAGGAGGACCUUCAGGAGGUUAUAACGGCGGAUCAGGUGGUGGCGGCGGCGGUGGAGGCGGCUACAAUCCCAGUGGGUAUAAGCCGUCUUCCUAUCCCUCCAGUUACCCAGGAGAUGCCGACUCGUCGGGUGCAUAUCCCAGCCAAGACUAUGGAAAUGGGUACCGAUCCCGUCCAUAUAUGAGAUGAUGAUUCCCAUAUUAUGUGAAGGCCAAUUGCUUGCAAAUAUCGAUGCAGCGCCCGCUCCAAUUCAUAUAGUGGAAACAGCCACGACAGAGAUUUUUACGGACCCGCAGAAUCUUAGAGCCGACGAUGUCCGAAACUGUUUUAUAUUUGUGAAUUUAUGGGUAAUACUGGACCUUUGUUCAUUCUUUCUGAAGCUGUUUGUGUUAUUAUUUUUUCCUAUGCAUUUGUACCAUUUCAAAUGCCGAAUCCCUCAAUAAAGUCUCUAAGGGUGA